AUGCUGAAAACCAAUGGCCAAUCAGAGGCCCUGCCCAUGCCUUGGUUAUCAAACCCAAGGGGUAUUGAGGAACCACAGUACCCUUUUACAAACGUGACUAGCUUGUGUCCUUCUCUUCAUAAUAUCACUCGUAUACAACAGCUUCUGGGCAACAAGCACAACUACGCGACCGAGUCAAAGUGUGAGAUCUUCGAAGUCUAUCAUGAUGGAGAAUCAAACCCUGUUGGAAACUGGACUCGGUUGGGCCCCUUUGAAGUUUCCGCCCACUUCAAUUUCUGUGACCUGCAGACAGUUCCCAGUGCUGCCUUUGGCUUCAGGCUCAACAUGACAAGACAAGACACUCUCUGCAUGUUAGGUGCAUUGCAGGUUUGCCCUCAAUUCUGCCCCUCUCUUUUUGGAGAGCCUGACUACUGGGCACCGGCCGUGUUCCGGUCACGAGAGAAGAGCGGCAAGGUUUAUCGGACA